AUGAACAAAUAUCAGAUCCUUUGUAUUGGGUACGUGACCUUUGGGUCCAUAUUCUACGGCUAUGACUCCGAAGGUGUUACCACGUCCAUCCUUGGCUAUCCGCACUUCCUGGAAUACUUUCAUCUGAAUGCCACAACAAUCGGGGCUUUCAACUCUGCUUAUUUCGCCGGAGCUUUUGUCGGAUGUAUGAUCAACUGGUACCUACCAAACAAGAUCGGACGACUGCGAACCAUUCAGGGCGCAUGCACCGUUUCUCUCCUUGGUAUCGCUCUGCAGACGGGUGCCACAACCUUCCCCAUCUUUUGCGGUGGUCGGGUCGUCGGCGGUAUCGCAUCGGGAAUCAUGUUCAGUCUCUGUCCGACCUAUGCAAGUGAAAUCAGUCCUCCCGAGAUCAGGGGCUUUGUGGGUGGGAUAUACGCAGUCAAUGUGAAUGCCUCAUACAUGUUUACAGAAUGGAUUGGUCUUGCAUUCUCUUUUAUUGAUUCCGACGUCUCCUGGAGGCUCUUACUGGGCCUUCAGCUGGUCCCAGCUGUAGCCAUGAUUAUCGGAUCUUUCUGGAUGCCCUUCUCGCCACGAUGGCUUAUCCUCAAAGGACGCUACGACGAAGCCUUAGUUGUCUUGAAAAGAAUGCACGGUGAUAUGCGCGACGAGCACUUCUAUCUCCGCGAAUUUCACCAAAUCAAGUCGCAGAUCGAACUUGACAAGGCAGAGCGCUUGGGAGUGCGGUCAAUCCUUUCGAGGAAGUCCUAUCUCAGGCGAAUCGGUCUCAUUGUGGGACUGACUGUGUUCCAACAGUUGACCGGCGUGAACGCGAUUCAAAGCUACCAAGUGCAGGUCUACCAUUCCUUGGGCUUCUCCAAUGUAUUGUCGUUGGUGUUGACUGGCGUCUAUGGCACUGUGGCCACAUUCUCGGCGGUCAUGGCCAUGUGCUUCUGUGAUAGAAUUGGACGGCGUGGCCUAUUGUUCGUUGCAUAUGGGCUCAUUUGCCCGUCCUCGCUUGUGCUCGUGAUUCUUUGGUCGCAGUUUGAAGCCUCUGGUAACACUCAGACCGGUUUUGGUAUUGGCGUCGUCAUCUGCGUCUAUAUCUUCUCUUUGGGGUUGUCAGGGCCCUUGAACACUUUCUGGCCAACGUACACCGCCGAAAUUCUGCCAACCAGCAUCCGCUCCUUCGGCGUCGCCACCAGCUACCUGAUCUUCAAUGGAUUCACCAUCGUUCUGGUGCAGUGCACUCCCUUGGCCCUGGCAGCGAUAUCCUGGAGAUUCUUCCUCAUCUUCCUGAUUUGUAAUUUCAUCGCCGUGGUGUUCUUCUAUUUCGCUUGCCCAGAGACGGCAAAGAAGACGCUCGAAGAGAUAGAGGCGCUCUUUGGCGACGAGGUGGCCGAGACCCUCGAAGACGCCGAAAAACACGUCGGUGAGAUUCAAGCUCCAACCGUCACAUGGGUCGAGACGAAAGGUGAAGGCCAGGAGAGUAUCAGACCGGCUUAA